UUCUUCAACCGUCUAUAAAAUAUAUUUCUUGAGGAUCGAGCUUCCUCCUUGCUCAAGCAAAACUUGGAACAAGAAGAGAACCCGCAAAGGCCGAAUUGAGAACUGAGAGCGAGUUGGUCAUGGACGCCCCCGAAGGAAUUCAACAGCCACAUCUGGUUCUCGCUAACAAGCUCUUCCUCCUCACUCACCCUGAUGUACAAGACAUCGAAAAGGUCCGUCUGAAAGAGGAGGUACUGGAGGCAGUCAAAACCAAUGAUAUGGCCCCGUUGUUUGAAACCCUAGUGGGCCAGUCGUUGCUUGAGAAAGAUCAGAACUUCUCGGAAUCGAUGGGGAGCAAGAUCGAGGAGGAGCUAAAGAAGCUCGACGAAAAGAUUGCAGAUGCUGAAGAAAACCUGGGUGAAAGUGAAGUUAGAGAAGCUCAUUUGGCUAAAUCCUUGUUCUACAUUCGUAUUGGGGACAAGGAGAAGGCACUGGAACAACUUAAAGUUACAGAAACCAAGACCGUUGCUGUUGGACAAAAGAUGGAUUUGGUGUUCUACACAUUGCAGCUUGGCUUUUUCUACAUGGACUUCGAUCUCAUUUCUAAGAGCAUCGACAAGGCGAAGAGCUUGUUUGAAGAGGGAGGUGACUGGGAGAGGAAAAAUCGUCUGAAGGUGUAUGAAGGCCUGUUUUGCAUGUCUACUCGGAACUUCAAGAAGGCAGCUAGCUUGUUCUUGGAUUCUAUUUCAACCUUCACAACAUAUGAAAUUUUCCCCUAUGACACUUUCAUAUUCUACACUGUUCUAACUAGCAUCAUAACCUUGGACAGAGUGUCCCUGAAGCAGAAGGUGGUGGAUGCACCUGAAAUCUUGGCGGUGAUAGGAAAAAUUCCACAUCUUUCAGAGUUUUUGAACUCUCUCUAUGAGUGCCAAUACAAGUCGUUUUUCUCUGCAUUUGCUGGGCUGACUGAGCAUAUCAAAUUGGACCGGUAUCUGCACCCACAUUUCCGGUACUACAUGAGGGAGGUCAGAACAGUGGUCUAUUCUCAGUUCCUGGAAUCCUAUAAGAGCGUUACCAUUGACGCCAUGGCAAAGGCUUUCGGUGUGACUGUAGAGUUCAUUGAUUUGGAACUGUCACGCUUCAUUGCAGCAGGGAAGCUUCAUUGCAAGAUUGAUAAGGUAGCUGGGGUACUUGAAACCAAUCGGCCUGAUGCAAAGAAUGCUCUAUACCAGGCAACUAUUAAACAAGGAGACUUCUUACUGAACCGCAUCCAAAAGCUGUCACGCGUGAUUGAUUUGUAAGAUAUCAAGAAGAUAGCCGUGUUUAGGUUGCAAGGCUCAUAGGGAAGACCAAGAGUGUGCAAGUUGAUUUUGAUUUGAACCGUCUCUUCGUUCUUUCUUUGUUUCUUUAUGUUCCUGGGCGAACAAUACACUUUGUCAGAUGACGUUUUAAAGAGGGAGAAAAUGGCCGCUAUCACGAAUACUGGGCUGUUUUUUUUCCCUUUUUUCCUGCCUGUUUUGGGUUUAUGACUAUUGUUAAUUCCGAACGUUUCAGUUGAUGUGUGCCAUUGAUGAGAAAAUCGGAAUAAGUGCUGCGUGUUGGGGUUUCUGGCGGUGGAUAGAAAGAAGAAUUUUGAAGGAAAGCAACAGCCACCCAUUCAAACUCCUAAGACCUAAGGUGGUCACUGGUCAGCAGUCAGCACUUUCCGCAAGUUGUCUGUAGGAUUGGAUUUGGUUCACAUCAGAGUGGCAGUUGCUGCUGUGUGAAUUAUUUUUAGGUUCAAUUGCCGUUCCACGCGAGACGAAAGGAGUGGUUGAGGACUUGAGGUGCCUUGCAGGUAGCAACUGGCAAGGAACGAAUGAACGAACUAACUGGUCCCCAAUUCUCACAAUGAUCGUUCACUUUGAAAUGAUAACCUGGAGGUCUGGUCGUG